GGUCCAUGGCCCCGACGGGAGGCGCGCCGCCCGCACCCGCAGCUCGGCGUCCGGCCUGAGCGGACCGCGCCGUGCAGCUAUCCGGUCCUAGGUUUGGGAUUGGCUUGCAGAUCUUCUUCAUGGAAGCGAUGUCUCCGCAGCAGGAUGCUCUAGGGGGGCAGCCGGGGCGCUCCUCCUCGCUGACAGGGAUGUCUCGCCUCGCGGGAGGCCCUGGCACCAAGAAGAAAAUGAAAACACUAGCAGAAAGGAGAAGGAGUGCCCCAUCCCUUAUCCUGGACAAAGCCUUACAGAAGCGGCCAAGUACCAGAGACAGUCAUUCUGCUAGCAGUGACACGUGUGCAUUUCUGUCACCGUUCAUGUGCUCCAGCAGGACUCUGCUGAUUGAUGGCCCAGUGGAGCUUAAAAGAGGCCUGCAGAGGCAGGAGAGGCAUCUCUUCCUGUUCAACGACCUGUUUGUUGCAGCCAAAAUCAAAUACAACAACAAUUUUAAGAUAAAAAAUAAAAUAAAGUUAACUGACAUGUGGACAGCAAGCUGUGUGGACGAAGUGGGCGAAGGCAACACAAACGCGCUGAAGUCCUUUGUCCUGGGCUGGCCCACAGUGAACUUCGUGGCCACAUUCAGUUCCCCAGAACAAAAGGACAAGUGGCUCUCUCUCCUUCAGAGAUAUAUCACUCUAGAAAAAAAGAAGGACUACCCGAAGAGCAUCCCCCUCAAAAUCUUCGCCAAGGACAUUGGGAAUUGUGCCUAUUUUAAAACGAUAACAGUAAUGAAUUCAGACACGGCGAGUGAAGUUAUCAACAUGUCACUGCAAAUGCUGGGGAUAGCGGGGUCUGAGAGAGAUUACCAGCUGUGGGUGAAUUCUGGAAAAGAAGCAGCACCGUACCCACUCAUUGGACAUGAGUACCCUUAUGGAAUUAAAAUGAGCCACCUCAGAGACACUGCCCUUCUGACACAGGGAUCAAAAGACUCCGCCACCCCAUCCCAGCUCCAAGAGCCUUUCCUCAUGGAACAGCUGCCCCGAGAGAUGCAGUGCCAGUUCAUCUUGAAACCGAUCCGCCUGGCGACCGCCCAGCAACUGAGCGAUUCCGGCCAGAAGACGUUUAAGAGGAGGCGCUCCAUCAUCAACUGGGCCUUUUGGCGGGGUUCUAGCACCCACCUGGACAACCUGCCCAUGUCGCCAACAUCCCCCAUGCCUGGACAGCUCUUUGGAGUUUCUUUACCAGAUAUCUGUGAGAACGACAACCUGCCAAAGCCUAUCUUGGAUAUGCUUUCCUUUCUGAACCAAAAAGGCCCCCUCACAAAAGGCAUCUUCAGGCAGUCGGCCAACAUGAAAUCCUGCAGAGAGCUAAAGGAGAAACUGAAUUCUGGAAUCGAAGUCCACCUUGACUGUGAAUCCAUCUUUGUGAUAGCAUCCGUGUUGAAGGAUUUUCUGAGAAAUAUCCCAGAAAGUAUUUUUUCAUCAGAUCUGUAUGAUCACUGGGUUUGUGUAAUGGAUCAAGGAAACGAUGAGGAAAAAAUAAAUAUAAUUCAAAGGCUAUUAGAUCAGCUUCCCAGAGCCAAUGUUGUUUUCCUAAGGUAUCUGUUUGGGGUAUUACACAACAUUGAACAGCAUUCCUUGUCUAAUCAGAUGACUGCAUUUAACUUAGCAGUGUGUAUCGCUCCAAGCAUUCUUUGGCCUCCUACUUCCUCCAACCCAGAACUAGAAAAUGAAUUUACAAAAAAGGUCUCGCUUCUUAUACAAUUUCUGAUUGAAAAUUGCUGUAGGAUAUUUGGAGAAGAAAUCACUUCUCUCUUGGGGGAGCUUUCAGAGAGAAGCGAGAGAGAACACACCGCAGAUAUGUCUUGCUUCCAAAUGAACGACUCUUCCUACGACAGCCUGGAGAAUGAACUCAACGAGGACGCGGACGCCCCGUGCAGCGACCUGGUGAAGAGGCUUGGCCAGGGGAGCAGAAGCAUGGACUCUGUGUUAACCCUCAGCGACUGCGACCUCGAACAGCCCGAGGUGGAGGGCCUCCUCACCCUGAGCGACUUUGACUUAGAUCAGGCCAAAGAUGAACACAUUCAAAUGAAACCACCUCUGGAGUCCGAGCCAGGGAACGCUUUCAUAACCUACCGGAAGGUUUCACUCGGGGAGCAGCACGCUAGGACCCCCGCUGGCCCGGGGACACCCAGCUGCCUGCCUGCAGCUGCAGCCCACGUCCCAAAAGUCUUGCUACGGCAGCGGCACCGGCGCUGCUCGGAGCCCAGCAUCGACUAUUUAGACACAAAGCUUUCCUAUCUCCGGGAGUUUUAUCAGAAGAGACUUCGCAAGUCCAGCUGCGAUGCUGUGCUCUCUAGAAAGGAUGAAGAUUACCUUAAGCAGACCCAGCCCCUGGAGACAGGGGGGAAGACGUGUCUUAAACAGAGCUCAGUUGCAGACAGCGCUGACAUCAGCAAGAGAAACACUAAUGAAAAUAGUAAGAGAAGCCCAUCCGGUCAUGAAGGAAGUCAAGUGACACCUUUCACUAAGUCCAAACCAGUGGCCAUUUCUGUGGCAUCUUACGGGCACGGGUCCUCCCAGGAUCAUCCCAGGAAGCAACCCUUUGGUGCAGAUAUGAGCAGGUUUUCGCCACCACACACAGCGGACGCCCGGAAGAGCUCACGAGUACAUCGGCGCUGCUCAGAACCCAGCGUAGAUGACCACAGCUACAAGCUGUCCUAUCUCAGGGGGAUCUACUCGAAGAAACAGGAUAAAACUGGCGGCGAGGCUGGCCUCCCGCACGGGGAAGAGGAUUAUCUCCAAAGGCAUAAGUCUUUGCAAAUCGAGGGGCAGAAACUCAUUAAUCAGAGUUUGGUCAUGGGGAUCGAGGUGGGCAAGAGCAGCGGCACACAGCAAAGCACCGAGAAGGUUUUGCCCCCGAGACUAAACCUUUGCCCAAGGGCCAGCUACUCAAGCCUGUCCUCCCCAGGCACAUCGCCAUCCGGCUCCUCCGUCAGUUCCCAGGACAGUGCUUUUUCUCAGAUCUCCGAACAUUCUGUGUUUACACCCACCGAAACCUCCUUUCCGAUAGAUUGUACUUUUCAGGCUCAGAGAAAGCAGGAAGAGCUCUCUUCAGACUUUCACAGCCCCGGCCUCAUGUCUGGAAUGCCUGGUCCCUCCGCAGGACAGGCCAGCAGCCACCCAGCUUUUUUAAGAAAGAGUACCGAACAGUACCCGUCACAGGUGCAUCCUGUAACCCUCCAUCCCAGCGCGUGGCUGAGAAGUGGUUUGGUCACUUUAAAAAACUGGUCCCUCAAAAAGAAAACAAAAGCAGCCAGACCGGAAGACAGGAAAAUCUGUUCGCUCAAAGAACCUCUGGAGUUACCUCCACAUGCUUCUGGUGCUCCAGAGGCUGGCCUCCAGGAGAGUCAGGGUGUCAUACACCUACAGAUCAAUGAAGGGCCUGGGGCGCUGCAGACAGCCCACGGGUGCAGCUCUUAUGCCUGUCGGGACUCCGAGCAACACUCCAGUAGCUCUCCCUUCCACCUGGUGGAAAGCAGACUCAAGCUCUGUAUGAAGCCGCACCAGGGAGAAGAGAGUGGAGGGCAUUACCGGUCUCAUCACCCUUGGGAUGGAGCCUCACCGAGACUUGGGACUGGGGAGGAUGUGGCCAGCCCAGAUGCAGAGCCUACCACAGUUUGUGACGAUGGGGACAGACCUUUAACCAAAGACAGUUAGUUAC